AUGGAGUCGAAGAACGUACAAAACCAAGAAUCUCUCGUGGCUUUCCUAGAAACACAGCAACCACUUCUGGAAAAUGCACCAGUUUUAGCCCCCAUAAACCCCAAAACUCCUGCACAAAAGGCCAUGAGAAAGACCUUCAAAAUGUCAGCACAUUUGGCCAAUCUUCUUCCCACGGGGACAGUCCUCUCGUUCCAAUUCAUGUCCCCAAUAUUCACUCAACAAGGCCAGUGCCACACCAUCACAAGCCAGGUCAGGACUUUAUGCGUCCUUGCAGGCUGUUGCUUCUCGUGCUUUAUCUUGUGCUUCACCGACAGCUUCAGGGAUGCGAGAGGCAAAGUUCGAUAUGGUUUGGCAACAUUUCAAGGCUUGUGGGUGAUUGAUGGGUUAGUGACACUCGGACCCGAGGAGGCUGAGAAGUACAGGCUAAGGUUUAUUGAUUUUUUCCAUGCAUUCUUGUCGAUACUGGUUUUUGCUGCAGUGGCAUUGUUUGAUAAAAACGUUGUUAAGUGCUUCUAUCCGGCACCGUCUGAGGAGUUUAAGGAACUUCUUGUCGCAUUACCUAUUUGGAUUGGCGUGGUUUGCAGUUUGUUGUUCAUUGCAUUCCCCAGCAAGCGUCAUGGAAUCGGAUUCCCUCUCUCUCGCGAAUAA